AUGAAGUCUGCUAUCGUGCUCCUCGCUGCGGCGACUGUUGCCUCUGCGCACUCAACAUGGCAGGAUCUGUGGGUUGGGACUACGGACAAGGCGACCAGCUGCACGCGUACCGUCAAGGACAACAACCCGAUCGACUCCCUCACCUCGAAGGACAUGUUCUGCGGUCGUGGACCUGCCACCCAGUCCGGAGUUUGCGAAGUCGCUGCUGGCACUGCCCUCACCGUCGAGAUGCACGCUCAACCCGGUGAGCGCAGCUGCUCCCAGCCCGCCAUCGGCGGCAACCAUUACGGUCCCGUCUACGUCUACAUGGCGAAGGUUUCCGAUGCGACGACCGCCCAGACUGCGUCUUUCUUCAAGGUCGCAGAAGAUGGCUACACUGGCACCACUGCCUCGUGGGGCACUGAGAUCCUCAACGCAAACUGCGGAAAAAGGGCAUUCACCGUCCCCAAGAGCCUGGCUUCUGGCGACUACCUCGUCCGCGCGGAGGCUAUUGCGCUGCAUGCCGGUGCGCAGAACCCGCAGCCGUACGUGUCGUGCAUGCAGGUCAAGGUUACUGGCGGCGGUAGCGCAAACCCGGCUGGUGUCAGCUUCCCUGGUGCCUACAAGUUGAGCGACGCACUGUUCACCAAGGCCAUCUACGACUCGUCUUUCAAGUACACCAGCGUUGGACCGGCGGUCUGGACCGGUUAG